CUCAGAAAACGCGUCGAAUGAGAUGAUGAGUCCUAUCAAUUGCAGAAACUGGAUCAUAGACUCGGCUAAAUAAUCUACAUGGCAGUGAUAUGGUGCAGAUGUAUUCAAAGAGAAAACAUAUAGGGUUUGAACGAUGCCAAGUCCUGCGAAGAAGAGGAAGUUGAAUGGCGAUGCCAAAAGUGGCUUACCAUCACGAGGUCUCGAGUACUUCUUCGCCAAACAAAAGGGCAAAAUUGGACUUGGUCCUUCCCUUGGUACUGAGAGCGAGCCGGGUGAGAAUGUGGCAAAUGCGGCUCAGGAUCAGGAGAUGACCGACGAAGAGCUGGCUCGAAAGCUGCAGGCCGAGUGGGACCAGGAGGCAGUCAGUGUGCCAGCGACUACACUAGAGGCGAAUGCUUCAAAUGACAAAAGAUCUAAGACUCCAGAAGUACUGUCGUCGGAUACACAGCUUGAGACGGGCCAGGUCAAUAUCGAUAUAGCAUCUUCAGAGCCACCGAAGAGAGACAUAGCAGAAUCUCCUAGCAAAGGGAAAGGGAAAGGUACUCUCUCCCUCCAAUCCGUUGCUGCGUCUGUAGAUACAGUCUCGGAAUCGAUACCAUUCGACGCGAACCCGCUCAUUUUUGAUCCGAACAAGUAUAUCCCACAACUGCGUGCGCAUUGGGCUAAGGACGGUGGCAAUGCGUCGUACGCAUUAUUGACACGCUGCUUUGUGCUUGUGAGCGCCACUUCGAGUCGGAUCAAGAUUGUCGACACCUUAGUCAACUGUCUGCGUAUACUUAUCGCGGAAGACCCGGAUAGCCUCCUCCCUGCAGUUUGGCUAUCUACCAACGCUAUCUCACCUCCUUACAUAUCUCUAGAGCUCGGGUUAGGUGGUUCUGCAAUCUCGAAAGCUUUGCGGCAAGUAUGCGGCCUCGAUAAUCGCUCGCUCAAGGCAAUCUACGAUAAGUACGGAGACGCAGGGGAUGUAGCAUUCGAAGCAAAGAAAAAGCAGAGCUUCACGUUGCGUGCCCCGAAACCUCUCACUAUUAAGGGUGUAUACCACUCUCUUGUGAAGAUUGCCAGUGCUCAAGGGCAAGGGAGUGCCGAAGUGAAACAACGGCUUGUAGACCGUUUAUUACAGGACGCGCGAGGUGGCGAAGAGAGCAGAUAUGUCGUGCGAACGCUUUGCCAGCACUUGCGGAUUGGAGCCGUGAGAACAACCAUGUUGAUAGCGCUUUCACGGGCCUUCUUACUCUCGCGGCCACCUACCGCACCUCGAGGUGAGGAGGAAGAUGAAUAUGAGUAUCCUCAGCGCUCAGUCGAGGAGCUUCGUCGCCUCAAGAAAGAGGAGCUUGCCGAGAUCUGGGCGCGCGGAGAGGAGAUAGUUAAGGCAUGCUUUGCACGGCGCCCUAAUUACAAUGACCUAAUUCCGGUCAUGUUCGAAGUUGGCGUCUGUCCUGAGCUGCUCCUGCGCUGCGGAUUGGAGCUACAUGCCCCGCUCCGGCCUAUGUUGGGCAGUAUCACACGCGAUCUUUCGGAAAUGCUCACAAAGCUACAAGGUCGCGAUUUCGCAUGUGAGUACAAAUAUGAUGGACAGCGCGCGCAGGUACAUUGCGAUGAGCACGGAAAAGUGUCUAUUUUCUCGCGCCACCUUGAAGUCAUGACCGACAAGUAUCCUGACCUUGUUGCGCUCGUGCCAAAGAUCCGCGGCGAGGGAGUCGGUAGCUUUAUCAUGGAGGGGGAAGUUGUUGCGGUCGAUCAAACAACCGGCGAGUUGAAGAACUUCCAAACACUGACGAAUCGGGCACGUAAAGAUGUGGCGAUUGGGAGUAUUACUAUCGACGUCUGCCUGUUUGCUUUUGACCUCAUGUAUCUUAAUGGCCAGCCGCUGCUUGAUCGACCCUUUCGUGAGCGCAGGAGCUUAUUACGCUCCCUGUUCGUCGAGGUUCCAAAUCGAUUUACAUGGGUGCGUAGCUUAGAUGCCACAUCCCAAGACUCGGAGGCUGUGCUGGAAUUUUUCAAGCAAGCCCUGGACGUCAAGUGCGAAGGUAUAAUGGUCAAGAUCCUCGAUAACCUGCCGAAUACGCCUGCUCCUGUCCCCACAGGCGCAGGCGAGGAUCGAGACUUGGCAGACGAACUCUCAGAAGAAACUGCUGCAGGCCGAAGUAGAGCUGUGAAAGGAAAACUCAAAGCAAACCCAGGAGAUACGAAAGAGAAACAAUCAACCCGUCGUAAACCCCUCCUCGCGACAUAUGAGCCAGACAAGCGUCUCGACUCCUGGCUGAAAGUCAAGAAAGACUAUAGCUCCUCUUUUGACACGCUCGAUCUGGUGCCCGUCGCAGCCUGGCACGGACAAGGUCGCAAAGCGAAAUGGUGGUCGCCCAUCUUGCUCGCCGUGCGCAAUGAAGAAACCGGCGCGCUAGAAGCGGUGUGUAAAUGCAUGUCUGGCUUUACGGACGCGUUUUAUAAGGCGAACCGGCGGUUCUACGACGAUGGGACCGGCGACCCGGAGCCCGACGGUACGAUUGGGGCGGAUGAAGCACAAGGUGAGGAGGUGGAUGCCGCUAGUGGCAGUGAAAGCCAGGGCGACGAGGACGAAGACGAGAACGAAAAUCAACACGGGAACAAACGGCGGUAUAAGAAUAUUCGUAAGACGAAACCGGCUUUCGUCGAGUAUGCGGGUUCGCCCGACGUCUGGUUCGAGCCGCAAGAAGUCUGGGAGAUGGCGUUCGCGGAUAUCACGCUGUCGCCGACGUACACGGCCGCCAUCGGGCUCGUGAGUCAAGACCGCGGCCUGAGUCUACGGUUUCCGCGAUUCUUGCGCAAACGAGAGGAUAAGGGCUUAGAGGAGGCGAGCACGAGCGAGUUCCUAGCCGGAUUGUUCCGGAAGCAGGAGGCGAAAGCACCGCCCCCGCCCGUCAAAGAUGACGGCAAUGAUAAUGACGAUGAUGAGGCUUAGACACAGGGUGUGCAAUGUCAAUUUAGCGAGAUACAACCAUUAAUCU